ACCAAUAUACCCACUUUCUCUCGAGAAAGAAGGAACCCCUAAACGUGAAUUUUGAAAAUCUUUUUGUUCAAGAAUUAUCAUUUUUUUUUUAAAACUAUCAAAAAAUGUCACAAAGCAUUAUUAAAAAAAAAAAUUGGUUGCGUGCUUUGGCGCCCUUUUCUUUCCUAUCGAGAACCUCUCUCCGGCGAGGAAACGACGUCGGAAUGGAGUUGGUACCGUUCAUCUAGAGGCGGGACCAGCCGGAGAAGCAACGGCUACAGUACGUGACGUUGCAGAAUCAUGAAAGAGGGGAAAGGUUGCUGUCUUGGAACUGGCAGUUGAUGUGUACCCUACUAAGUUUGUAUGAUUCAUCACAUUUAUUAGACCCAAAGAAACAAGAGAAAGGUUAUCUUGAACCAUGGCUAGCUUAUUGUUUGUCAGGAUUAUUGGGGCUGAACAUUCAAAGAUGCAACUGGCUCUUCCAAACAAGUUUGUAAUGCUGUAUGGAGAUACAUUGGCCAGUAGUGUAUCUCUUGUUCUUCCCUGUGGCCAUACAUGGAAGAUUGGUUUGGUUACAGAAGAUAACAAGAUAUACCUACAAAAAGAUUGGCCAAAAUUUAUAGAACAUUAUCAGAUAAAUGGACAGCUACUAAUAUUUAAUUAUAGAGGAAGUUCGAACUUUGAUGUUUCCAUAAUAGAUAAUAGUUCGUGCGAACUAGACUAUACACUCUUUCCUUUCAAUUCUAAUGGGAAGAAGAAUGACACUGUAUCCAUGGUUGAUUUAGCAUCAAGUGAGGAGUCUCACUCGGACAAUAAAGGCAAGUUCAAAAUUAAUGAAGAAACUGAAGAUGACACACCGACGAAGAUGAGGCGGAGGAAGAGGAGGCAUGAAGGGCCAUACAAUAAAGGCAAGUCCAAAAUUAAUGAAGAAAUUGAAGAUGACACACCAACGAAGAUGAGGCAAAGGAAGAAGAGGCAUGAAGGGCCAUACAAGACUUACAAAAAUACCAAAGCUUACAAAGAAGCUAGCCAACUCUAUUCAAAUAAUCCUUUGUUCAGAAGAAUUAUAAGAAUGAAAGGCCGCCGCCGUUAUAAUCUGCGUCUACCAAAUAGUUUCGUUGAGAGUCAUCUUGGAUCAAAGACUCAGCCCAUAUCUCUUAAAGUGGGGACCAAGAAAUGGCUUGUGAAGCUUGUAAACUGCAAUUCUGGCUUCUUUUUUUCCAAAGGAUGGUCUGCCUUUCUGGCUGCUAACUCUAUACACACAGGGGAUGCUUGCGUUUUUGAGUUCGUGUCUAGGGAGCCAGCCGUGCUUAAAGUCUCCAUUUUUAAAAAGUAAUAUAGUUUAGUUCUUGUUGAUGAUACUUAUCUUUAGUUUCCCAAGACAUUCCUGCUACUAUCAACGGUAACUUCAAUUAAUCUUUAGUUUAUCUUCUUACUGUAGCUUUUUUUUAAAAAAAAUUUAACGUGAUUUGUACUGGUUAUUGUUGAAGUUGGUUCUGUUUAGAGUUAUUAAAUAGAUACGAGUACUUUCCAUUGUUUUUUUCA